GGGAAAUUUUCUCACUAGAUUUAAGCAUCAGCAUCGCUGUGUUUUAAUCCUACUCAGAUUUAUAUACAUUUCCAAAAGUUGGGCAGAUUAUCUUUAAUUGAAGUGAUCUGUAAUGGCUACAAUAAUGAGCCCAUAUUCAUGGACAGAGGAUUUGGACUCUCCUGCUGGGGAAGGAAAGCCCAGGGCAGGGCUUACAGCUCACGAAUCUUCAGGCAGGAACAAAGCUGAACCACGAAUCCGGAGACCCAUGAAUGCCUUCAUGGUCUGGGCAAAGGACGAGAGAAAAAAGCUAGCAAUCCAAAAUCCUGACCUUCACAAUGCAGAGCUCAGCAAAAUGCUAGGUAAAUCAUGGAAAGCACUGACUCCUUCACAGAAGAGGCCUUUUGUAGAGGAAGCUGAAAGAUUACGAGUCCAGCAUAUGCAGGAUCAUCCCAAUUACAAGUACAGGCCUCGGAGGAAAAAACAGAUCAAACGUCUCUGCAAACGUGUAGAUCCUAGCUUCCUGCUCACCAACUUCCCCCACGAUAAAGCUUCUGUCCGCGGUGGAAGAAUUUGCAGGGGACCUCUGGAGGAGGAAGAGGAUAAAGGCUAUCCACGAGCCUCAAGACUUCCUGUAAUCAGCAGAUUCAGGGAAACACAGACAACAAACAACAGCUUUGACAACUAUGGGCUACCCACUCCUGAGAUGUCCCCUUUAGAUGUGAUUGAUGCCGAUCACAGCUUCUUUCCAACUCAGUGUACAGAAGAUUCUCCUUCCCAGAUGAACGGACUAAUGUAUCAUUCAGACUACAGUCAAAGCCCUAUCCAAUGUGGACAUCUCAGUCAGAUUUCAAUUCCCCAGAAUAGAUCUACCAUGGUGCACUCUGCAGCCAGCCAUCCUCCACCUCCUCUUUAUUAUAACCGGAUCCAGCAGCCGGCUCCACAGUGCAUGAACUCGAGCACAUCAGUUCACCUUUCUCCUCCCCAUGAUCACCAUCACCUAGAUAAUCUGGAACAUAUCACCCAAGCUGAGCAUUUAGGAGAAGUGGACCGCAAUGAGUUCGAUCAGUAUUUGAACAACUCUAGUCAUCUAAAUCAAGCAGGAAUGGUAAUUAAUUCACAUCUGCCUGAUAUUUGUUCACCAGGAGGCACAAAUUCAGAGAGGAGCCUUAUAUCUGUAUUAGCAGAUGCUACUGCAGCUUAUUACAACAGCUACAGUAGCUCCUAGAGCAAACAAAUAGACUUAUAUUUUUCUGAGUGACAACAGUAUUACUUAAAAAGAUCUUUGGGCAUGGAAAUAUCCUCAGGGUAGUAAAAUAACGUUGUCAUGCUUUUCAGAAAUGACAGACCACAAAAACAUUUAUGUAGAUAAAUUCUUUUGACAUUUAUAAAAUCAAACAUCUAUUUGGCUUGCCAACUCUUCUGUCACUGUUUUAAAAAAAACUGUAGCUUUUUUAUGCUUGUAAAUAGGUUAAGAUGUAUUUAACAAGUGAUUUAUAAGAUUGUUUGUUUUCAAUCUUUACAUAUGCUUUCUGAAUGAUUUCAUAAGUACUGUCUUUCUUCAUUAAUUAUUAUCUUGAUUGUUUUAUUGCAUCCUAAGCAAACAUGGAAGUGUAAUUGCACUUCUGAUAAAAUGGAGUCCAUCUAUAUAUCAGUCUCAGAAACUGCACAUUUCACAGUCAUGCAGUCCUAUAACAUCAGUAUUUAAAAAUAUCAUUAAUGAUGGAAAAAAAUAGGAAUUUUCAUUAAAAAUAAUUCACCUCCCUUAGCUCCCUUCCUAUCUACAGCACAUGACUGCAGCGGGUUUAAGAAGACAGCUUACCACCCUCUCCUCCAGAGCAACUCGGGAUGGCAGAUAAAUGCACCUACAAUUCAACGUGAUUUUUAAAAAAGGCUGAUCUGACUGGCCUGUCAUGAAAAAAUGCUGAUUCAUAUCUCGUUAAAAUGAGUGUUUCAUAAACAUUACAAAUUCUUUUCUUGGUUGUUGAAACCAAACUUGGCAGCCCUAAAACUUUUAGAUUAUAUAAAGUGCAUUUAAGUUUAAUUGAACUAAUAGCACCAUUUUUGAUUAGACCUAACAUGGUGUUUCUAAUAUCUAAAAGCAAUAUGGUUGAUUCUUAGCAAUCGUCUGGACAAUAGGAAUGGGCAAUAAGAUCAGGCCUCGCCAGCAAUGCCCUCAGCCCAUGAACAAAUAAAGAAGUCAAAAGGUCAUACAUAAGAACUAUUAAUUGCCUGAAAGAAGUUAUAUACUUUGAAAACUCACCAAAUAUUUACAAUAUUGAGGAAAUUAAAAACUUUGUAUUGUAUAAAUAAUAAAAGAUUAUUGUUAACAAAUUUUCAGAAGCUUUAAUGGAAGUUAUUUGCAUCUGGUUACUCAGAAAAUGUGCUAAUAUGAAUACGGUGUAGGUGAGAGGAAUUAGUAUUAGGAAAUAUCUAGAAAGAAUGUAGCCUAUGCACUUUAUUAAUAGUUUUCUUUGUCAGUUAUAUCAGAUUUAUUAAGAAUAUUUUCGAGAUCUUGAGUAUAAUUAAAAUGAAAUGUUUUUUUGACACACUAGUUUGAAAUUGACCCAAAUCAUUACAUUAUAACAGUGAUUAUAUUUUAAAGUACUUCAUUGUCUGUAAAGCACAGUGAACAGUCCAGUGGUCAUGAAAAGCAUGAUAUCGAAAUAAGUUUUUAUCUGUUUCUUUAACAACAGUCAGUGCUCAAUUAUUCUCUACUGAGUGCUAUCAUCAAUUAUCAGAAAGCCUUUGCAAUUCAUUCAGAUUGGUAAGAGACCUUGUUCUGAUGUAUUAAUUGAUCAGCAGUAAUUUUGUUACUUAACUAUACCAUGACCGAUUGACAAAGAUUUAUUUCCUGCUUUUGUAAAUGUCUGUAAGAAAUUUUAAAAUAUUAAAUCUGUUGAACUUAUACUAGCACUGAAAUCUAUCCAUAUCGUGUUUAGAUGUACUUUAUGAUGUACAUAAUAUGCAUAGUUAUUACCCUGUUCCAGUUUAUUGAUUCACCUAACUUUAACAGCAUUUGAUGAAAUGCAUUUAAUAAAACUGACAUUUUUGACAGGUUCACAACUGGAUUGUAAUUGCUGAUGAAGCUAUUAAUAAUACCAUUCCAGAAAAUUAUUCUGUCUUGAAUUCGUAUAGACUUGUGAAGUAAAAAUUCAAUUGCAAUUUACAAUCUGUUUACUGAACUAGGUUGUGCUGAAAUCUGUUUAACUGAUUUAGAAUAAAAAGAAAUGCAAUUCACUAACCAACCAUGGCCACUGUCUGUUUUUCCAAGUUUGGGAAUUUGAUUCUGAACUGGCGGAUGUGGACACAGCUCUGUUUCCUGCCUGAUAACACUGUUUCUACUCUACAUUCCCGCUCCAUC